UCCAGAGCACACACCCGUCUUUUUUUGACACAGCUACUACUGCUGUCUACCAUAUCCAUCUCAAUUUCAGCACUGAUGAACUUCCACGGAAACCCUAACCCUACUUGGAGUCACUUUCCGGCGAACAUCGAUCCUCCGAUGGACUUCGAGUUGUCGGAUUAUCUUGUUUUCGACGACGGCGCCGCCGGCGUUGACCAAGAUUCCUCGCAGUCACAAAGGAUGUUGUCUUCUCAUGAUCAGAAACACUUUGUUGGCGCUGCUGCAGGCUCUAGUGGAUCCAGCGGUGCAACGUCAACAGACACUACUAACAUGCAAGAGAUAGUAAAACCCACUUUGGGAAAAUGCAAGAAUGGGGACAUGAGAAAAAACAAGAUGGAAAUGGUGGGUCAUAAUAAUAAUAAUAAAGUUGCCUUCAGAACAAAAACGGAGCAAGAUGUACUGGAUGACGGAUUCAGAUGGAGAAAGUACGGAAAGAAGUCGGUCAAGAAUAGCCCAAAUCCCAGGAAUUACUAUAAAUGUUCAAGUGGAGGUUGCAACGUGAAGAAGAGGGUAGAGAGAGACAGGGAUGACUCAAGCUAUGUGAUAACCACAUAUGAGGGAGUGCACAAUCAUGAGAGUCCUGGUGUGGUUUAUUACGACCAAAUGCCUCUCUUGGUCCCAAAUGUUUGGUCUUUCCAAGCUUCUUCAAACUCUUCCUCUUCUUCCUAGAAUAUACACUUCAUUAGCCCAGGUCCUUUUUGGUUUUCCCCUCACAAAAAAUCUACUUAAUAUUUGAUCCUUGUUGUAUCUAAAAAUAGAGUGAAAAUGGUGUUAUUGUAAUUAAGUUGCAAAGUAAUUAUGUGAGGCUAAAAUGAAUUAGGGUGUGUUUG